UACAUGUGGUGCAUCCUGGGAAAUAAACCAUCAUGGGGAGUAGAUCCAUAUCGCCCUUUCCUGUUUGAUAACAUGAAUUAACAACAGUAAUUAAUAUUACUAAUAAAGAAAGUUCUAAUUAGGAAUUAUAAUAUAAGUGGAAACAAAGUAUUUUCGUUGAAUUAGGAACAAUGUGAAUUAUUUAACAGUGAUUUCAUUGUGGAAUGAUUAUUACGUUCUUUCCUGAGUGAUGGACAGGGAUUACCCGACUUCCAGCUUCACAGAUCCGUUGGUUUCUGCAACACAGCCCGCAGUGUGGGCCUAUGAGCGUAGUACGGCCAGCGUAAAACCAAGUUUGAGCUAUGUAACACCAGAUGCAGCGCAAACACAAACUGACCUUCAGAGAUCAUCAUAUGCAACCACUCACCAGCUUCCAGGGUAUACAACUACACAGCCUCCAUCUGGCAUUUCUCUGUCUGGGAUAUUUGAUACCAGUGUACAUAACACUAACAAUACCACAACUGAUACUUCAGUGUUGAACUUGAUCUCUGCAUUGGAAUCCCGUACUCCUCAGGCUGGGUCUUCUGCUGCUGCACUUCUACCACAGUUCAGAACUCCAUCAUGGCAACCUGGUGAGCAAGACUUGAAAUUAACUUGUGUAUGUCUAUAA